AGAUUAAGCAAGUAAUGGAGGUCGUUCAAAAAUUAGUCGUUGCGCGGUUAAAGGAUGUAUAUUCUCUAUCUAGUAUUGUUUCUCAGAAUGAUAUGUUGAUGAAAGAUGCCGAAAUUGUGAAUGAACAGACCGAAUAUAAGAGCUGAAAAUUCCCCCAAACUCAAACUAUGUAACUGCAUUAAAAUCUUAGAAAUAUAUAACUAUAAUUUGCAGAAGGUUAUCGAUUACGUCUCUUGGUUUAACACGAUGUAGCCUCGAAGAAAAAGUAUAUGAUCGUUGAAACCGCAUAUCUAUCGGUGCGUAAAAUUGCUAGGUUAAUAUAAUGUAUUAAAUAAAUAUUAUCUUUAUCUUGUUUAACAUGUACUACCCAUCAAGGGGUUUCGCGGGUAUACGAGUUUAUGGGUAAUAUUUCCCAAGAUUCUUUGGUAUCAAAUUGCGAGGCUGCGCGAAACACCGAAAGUUGAAUUUGCUAUACGAGGAAGAAAGAUAAAGGAAAUAGGAGAGAGAAACAAAAGACGUUCGAAUUUUAUUCGAUGUUACUUUAUCAUACAUUAUCGUAAAUAAUUAAAAUUUUGUUUUAUAAUUUAUACUUAUUUUGAUUAACAAAUGGCACAUUGCUCGUAUAUGCAUCUUAUAUACCUUUCAUUUCGCCACGAUCAUGGUGAUCGCGAUUGUCAUCAUUAUAACCGCCUUUGUAAAUAUAAUAAUUAAUAUCAAUUCUAAAUAUCGUUGAUGACUACAUAUAAUUACUGAUAUAGCAAAUAUUAUUAAUAUAAUGCUUUGCGCGUUAUUUGUGUUAAAAUCGUUACGCGAGUAUUCAAUAUAAUCAAUUGGUGGAUGUUCCUGAUUGCACGUGAUAUCUCUUCUAAAUGUUUAUACCUCAAAAAAUUUGUGCAAGUAUUCACUUUCGUCGGUAAAGAUAACUUCGUACAAUACACGCGAAUCUUCAAUGCAUCGCAAGCAAGUUGCUGAUGACCCCUGUUUUGAGACAGAUGCUUACCUGCGGACACGAAACUAAGACACAAAAUAAUGACGUGGAUCAUCGGCGAUCAUCGCGAAACGUUGUUUGUUCGCAGCUCUGGAUUUAUAGAGAAAUAUGUCGACACAAGGCGCAGAACUUUCAAAUCGUUUCGUGACUCGAGAUGUGGAAAUUAUGUCGGAUGAGACACAGAAUAAUCGUAUGGAUAUAUUGGAAUGUCUAUCCGUUUUAAUUAACGAGAAUAACUCUGGUAAUGAUCAAACAGAAGGAUUAACAUUGGAUGAACAUCUACUAAGCGAUGGCACAACAUUGACAGCAGUAACAUUACCCGAUGGAACGCAAGCAUUCGUUGCCAAUAAUUUCAAUGAAAAUGAUAUGGAUUUAAAAAGGCAAGCAACAUUAGAGUUGGAAAAUGGAGAUACUAUAUUGCUUCGCAAUGUAGCAGAACUUACUGAAGGUAAACCACUGCAAUUGGAAUUGGAACCAGCAACUUUGGUUCAAACUCAUCAAACUACCAUAGAGAACGUUGAAAACUAUCCACGUGUGGAAUUUAUCGAUGGUAAUGCUUAUAUGGUAGCUGGUCACAUCGAUGUUAAUAAUGAUUUGUGGGAAAUCGAAGAUGGUAAAUUGAAGAAAAAGGAUUCGAAAAUUUUAUUAAAUAAAUUAUCCACAUCGAGGAUAAGACAUCCUUGUCCAAGAGAGGGUUGUUCAAAAGUUUACAGUACGCCCCAUCAUCUCAAGGUUCACGAGCGAUCUCAUACCGGUCAACGACCAUACAGAUGCACGCAUCCAAAAUGUAAAAAAAGUUUCUCGACAGGAUAUAGUUUAAAAGCACAUUUACGCACGCAUACAGGAGAAAAACCUUACAAAUGUCCAAAUGAAACAUGCGAUAAAAGUUUCAAAACAUCCGGAGAUUUAUUAAAACAUGUACGAACACAUACUGGAGAACGCCCUUUCUUAUGUCCGUUCAAUGGUUGCGGUCGUUCUUUUACUACAAGUAAUAUUCGGAAAGUUCACGUGAGAACGCAUACCGGCGAACGUCCGUAUAAAUGUACACAACCCAAAUGCGGCAAAGCAUUCGCGAGCGCAACAAAUUAUAAAAAUCAUAUACGAAUUCAUUCAGGUGAAAAACCAUAUGUAUGCUCUAUUGAAAAUUGUGGAAGAAGAUUUACAGAAUAUUCUAGUCUUUAUAAGCAUCAUCUCGUUCAUACGCAGCAACGUCCAUUCGAAUGUAAAGUUUGUUUUAGGAGAUACAGACAAAGUAGUACUCUCGUAAUGCACAAAAGAACUGCUCAUGCGUUAAUAGACAACGAUGAUAAUAUUGAUACUUUUUGUAAAAAUUCUAUUCAAGAAUCAUCUAGUCGAAGCAAAGAUAAACAAAAAAGAAACAUUACACGAGACAAUGGUAAUUCAUCGUUAAAGAUUACAGAGAAAGAUGGACAAAUACAGAUUUCUAAAGCGAUCGACGAUUUGAACGAUAAUGAAACGCAGAUUUUAUUAGUCGGUGAUCCUUCGCAUAUCGCAGCGCUACAGAAGAUCGAACUAAAUGGUGAAUUCGACGAGCAUGGUAUUGAUACUUCUUUCGAAGAAUUAAAUAUAAAAAUCGAAGAUAUAGAACUUGGAUGGCAUUGAUUACUUCAAAAUGAAGUAUAUCCAAUGAAUAUUAAUUUAAAACAUAAAUCAUCUAUUAUUAUAUUCUUUUGUCUAUUUUGACAAUUUUGUCCGUUGUUUUUUUUUAUAUUAUAUACAUAUUGUAAUUCACUGUCCUAUCAAUUUUCAACAUCGAGAAGUAAAGAUAACUUAAGCUUAUUAAAUUAUUGAGAAUGGUCAUUAAUGAAGCGUUUCGUUUAUCGGUAUAAAAAAAAAGAAAGUUUUAUUCAUUCGUUAUUUAAUGAAAAAAAUGUAUCGUCGCAAAAAUACAUCUGAUCAUUAUAUAUAUAUAUAUAUAUAUAUAUAUAUAUAUAUAUACAUAUAAAUAAACAGGAUUUUUAAUCAUGAUUGUUGCGAUAGCAGAAAAACUAUCUCAAAGAUUUCCUUUUUCAUAUUAUUUCUAUUUCUUUUAUUUCUAUCUGUCGAUUCUCUACUCACGUUUCUCAUUUUUCAACUCAUUGCAAGAUUAAUUAUUUAUAUGUAUAUACGAUGCACAUUAAUUUUUUUUAUCACCUUUUGUUUCUUCUACAUAAAAUAUUAUAUUUCACACGACGAAUAUAUAAAAUUAUAGAAAUCUUACAUGUAUAUGAUAGAUUUGCGACAGUAUAUUAUAUUACAUAUAACUUCAGAAAAUCACAAAAUACAAAAACAUUUUUUUUUCUAUAUUUUUGAAAUAUAAUUAAUCUCGUUGAUUCUAUAAUAUCAUUAAUAUUUGAUAUAUCAUAAAUAUAUAUGCAUUAUAUACGUCAUAAUACAAAAAAUUUGCGAUAAAAUUGAACAAAAACUUGAUCGUAUAUUUUUUUAAAUAGAAGGAAACUUUGCAAAAUGUGUAAAUUAUCUUCAAACAGUUAUACCCGUUGAGAAGAACAUUAAUUGUUAUUAGCACGAGUUUACUAACCAAAUAACUAUAUUAACGUGUUCAAGUACGAAGUUUGGAUUCGAAGAGAGAUCAUUUUUGUACCAGUUAUAUAUGAACGUUGAAUCGGAAUUUCAGUUAAGACGCGACAUUGCGAAUCGCUUGUGGACCUUGGCGUUUAACAUUCUUACGACAUACGUUUGAGCAAGGGAUCGUUUAAAGUCGUUUACUUCCGAAAGUAGUUCGAGCACGUGACUGACUGAUCAACGAAGUGACCGUUCUUCUGUCUUUCAUUUAAAGAAAAAUUUUAGAAUGUGCGUUAUUCGACCAAGUUGCGUUAUAACGGGUAUAACAUAUGAAUAUCGGUCGUUUGUUGAAAAAAUGAUUUUAUCAUUAUUGUUCGAUAAGUGUUAACUAUAAAUUACGAAGGGAUGGAUCGUUUAAUUUCUUUUUACUAUUAUAAGAAAGAAAUAUAUACUCGUAAGGAUAUCAAUAGAUAAUAAUAGGAAUAGUGGAAAUUUCAAAAACAGAGAGUUAAUUAGAAAUACAAACUAUGAGGGAAAGGUAAGGGAUGAACGAGGAUAUAUCGGGAGACGUUUUUAACAUAGCAGUUAUCAGUAUUAAAACGUGUUUGUACUCUCGAGAUCGCAACUGUCGUGGUACAUUAUACAUAUUCUACUUCAUCAUCAAGGUGCGUACUUUCAUUAUAUUAGAAAUCAAACGAAAGAUUUUUGUUUCUUUAUUUCAAUUACAAAAUUAAUCGUUAUCGAACAUAAUUAUAUCGUUUAAUUUUCUAUGGUUUAUUAUUAUCAAAAAUAUUUCGUUCUCGUUUCUACACGUUAAUCAAUGUUUACUCGAUAUCUGGUUUAGCAUUGUUUCAAUGUAUAACGAAGAUAAGUUCGUGCAUUCCCAUAUAUAAACGAUGAAAUUUAUAUAAAAUAAUAUCAGAUAUAUCAACAUAUGGCAUCUAUUUCACAAAUUUUCUCAUGCGAGUGAAUAAUUGAAAAUUUGAAAAAAAAUUUUCUUUAAUUCUGUCUCUUAUUUUUUUAUUCUUUUUGCGUUGAGAAAAUAUAUUCAAAUAUUACAGACCAAUAAAUAUUACGCGUAUGAAAAUGAAAAAAUAAGGAAUAGACCAGGAAGUAAAUAACGAACUAUGUUGAAAACGUAAUAGGUAGAAAAAUAUAUGUAUUCUUUGCGCGAUAAAUCAUGCGUUUGAUCGAUUUUUUCCAUCGAUCUUUCAACUAGUGGAAUAUAUAUUACGUUAUACAAAGUACAUUGUGGAAGUUACGUAAAGAGUAUCGUCGAAGGGAACAUUUUUGUCGCCAAUUACGCGGUAACUGUGAAAAUUGUAGUCACACGGUAAACGUCCCUAAGUCCAAUUGCAACCAUCGAUCAGUAUUCUCAAACAAUGCGUUUCCUACAUUCAAGAAAAUAUUCGGUUUAACGACUACCACUUUGGACAGUUUAAGUUACUUUGUUUCGAAUCUUUUGUUUCGUUAGAAUCAUCAUUCUUGCGACCGGUAAGAAUUUAAAGUCGUUCGCGUCUUCUUUUUUUUUUUCUUCUCAUUCUUAUUUCGAAUUCGAAGAAUAUUCGUCUUAUUGAACAGAAGAAAUCUUUCGUACAACUGGAGCUUUUUUUUUUUUACGUAUCAACGCGACACUACUUUUAUCAUUCUAUAAAUUCGUUUUUUGCGUUUCGGUUGAUCGCUUUCGUAAAUAAGAAAGAAGCGUCGCAGAAGUGGAUGUCGAUCUCGAAAUAAAUUGUGAAAAUUUCGAUAUUUCAGAAUAAGAGAAGCAGGUAAAUCUUUUACAUUUUCAAUAGAACGGUUAUACGAGUAUAUUCUAAUAAUUACAUCAUUUGAUAUUCUGAUUUCAGGGUAUUCGGUGAUUCGAAGGAAGAGAAGAAAUUUGAAAGAAAAAUGAAAAAAUAAUCGUAUUACCUAUCGAUAAAAUGGUUAGUUGUUGCCACUUAAAAUCGUAUCGGAUAUCUAACAGAGUCGUCAUCGAGGGAGAAGAAGGUGACUUUUGAAGGUCGCGAAAUCAGAGUCUAAAGAGUUAUCACGCGAUAAUGUCGUAGUCUGCUUGACCGUCCAUAAUCUGUUUUUAGUGCAGUGGUAGUAAGAAUCGCGACAACAAUCCGCGAAUCGGUCGUUCUAUUGUAUCAUUAUUAAGAAUUGUCUUUCAAACUGCAGCAUCGUAAUUAUCAAAUAAUAGAGACAAUGUUUGAAACGGAAGGAAAAAAUUUAUGAAACUGGAACAAAAAUUUGCAUCGUUAUUUUAUUAGAGAUUUUUCGUUGUUGUUCCUGACAUUCAUUCUUAUCCCAUUUCAAACACGAUCAGUUAAAGAAUGUCGAAGAAGCAAUGGUUGGUCCUGUUGAUGCUGUUCUUGACAUACUUGUUACUAGGUGCUUCCAUUUUCUACCAUAUCGAGAGCCGCUUAGAGAUCGACCGCAUUGAAAAAGACAAACAUGAACGCAUCAAGAUUAACGGUGAGCAUAAUGGAUCGUGUAAUUAAAAACAACAAACAACAUCCAUAAUCUGAAAUUUGUAAAAUGCAGCUCAAAAAAAUGUUCGAUUCGAUAUAUGUACGCAUGUAUUCGAUAUGUACACAUAUAGCGAUCUACGAAUCACCAUUCAAAUAUAGUAAAAUCGAUGCGAAUACCAAUAAAUACAUAUAAUCUAUGAUCUAUUAUAAUUCUUUCACUUAAUGUUUAUCUAAAUAAGUAUAAAAAAGGA